CUGGCGGGAGCGUUAUUGUGCUCGGCGGUUGCUGUUCGUUGAGCUUCUGUUGAGAGAAGCGGCCGGUGCGGCGCCGCCGGAGGUACGUUGGGGCCGGGCGAGAGCGCCGCGCGAGCGGCGGUUGGCCGAGUCGGCGGUUGCGCGGCGCCGCGCGUCUCUCUGAGGGCUGGCGCCGAAGCCCGGGGACGCCGCGCGAGCAGGGCGGUCGCAGUGGCGGGGCCGACCGAAAGGCGCCCGCAGAGUGGCCCCGGGGUUCCGGCCGGGAGGACAGCCGCGACGGGCGAGAGCACGCGUCCGCGGCGCUUCCCGAGGGGGCGGUGCGGGGAGCGGCGGCGGCUGCGUGCGCCCCGCGUGGGGGUCGUGGCUACGGACGGACACGGCGGCGGCCUCAGGGUUUUAUCCUUCCGAGGUAUGAAAGAUGGCAAGUCCAGAUAGAAGUAAGCGGAAGAUACUAAAAGCCAAAAAAACAAUGCCUGUGAGUUGCCGGAAGCAAGUAGAGAUCCUGAAUAAGUCAAAGAAUGCCGAAGCACUGAAAACAGCAACUGGGAAUAAUGUGUCAAGUGGUAAUCAGAAUUCAAGUACUGGUGUCAUAAAUAGCAAAUAUGGACAUUCUGAAAAUGAUGCUUCCUUAUUGGACUCUAACAAAAAUUCAGUAUGCUCAGAGAAAAGUAAAGCAUUUUCUCAGAAUGUAAUGAAACCACUAGAAAUAGUUGAUUCAGAAACAAGAUUGGAAUACAUUGAAGAACAAGUUGUGUGCCCUUACCAAAAGCCAAGCAAAACAAUAGAGUCUUCCAGGAAACUCUUUACACAAGAGGCAAAGGAUUCACAGAACACUUCUGAAAACCAUAUUGAAUGUCAGACAGAUAUAACAAGAUCCUAUUUUGAACAACAUGAAGAAGAUUGUAAUCUGAAAUCCAUUUGUUGUCCAUCCAGUGUAUUGCCUGGUAUGGUUCAAAUGCCAAAAACUACAGUAAACAAUACCUUGGAUGAUAAAAGAAUCGACAAGAUAGUUUCUUAUUUAGAAACAAACUCCAAUUCUGAGUCAUGUGAUAAAAGACAAGGUGACAUUUUAAUUUUAAGUUCAGAUACCCGUUUUCUACCUGUUGAUAAAAUACCUAAGUUGGUGAAUUCAGUCAUUUCCAGUAACUGUGCUACUGAAAUUUUGAAAAGUGAAGAAUCUUGUAGAACCUGUCAUUCCAGCAUUUCAAAUUUUGAAAGUAUAGACUCAACACGGCUGUCGGCACUUGACACUGAUAGUAAUAACAGCCAUAAUCAAAAGAAGAGGAUGUUUUCAGAAAACAAAGAAAAUGUUAAGCGCAUGAAAACCUCAGAGCAAAUUAAUGAAAAUAUUUGUGUAGCCCUGGGAAAGCAAACAGCAUUGCUGGAACAGGUCAAACAUUUGAUUCAACAGGAGAUCUAUAGUAUAAAUUACAAACUGUUUGAUAAUAAGCUGAAAGAAUUGACCGAACGCAUUGGGAAGACACAGUGCAGGAAUAAACAUGAAGCGAUAGCUGAUGAACUCUUCGCAAAAAUAUCAAAACUUCAAAGACGUAUUAAAGCAGUAUUGCAAUCUCAAAAGAAUUACUUGGAACCAAAUGUAUUAACCAGUAAAACAGCCUGUAAGGUUACAAAUUCAGAGACCAUGAAUUUGGAUAAGAAUCCAGAGUCAGUCAGUAUUCCAGAUGAAGGAAAGACUUCUGUGAGCUCUGAACCUUCUAACCCUUCAGAAAAAGCAAGUGAAAAGCUUAAUUUAUCACGGGAUCAUGAUGAGGCUGUUUCAGAAAGUAACAAUGAUGAUGUUACGUUGAUUUCUGUGGAAAGUCCUAAUUUGACAACUCCAAUUACAUCAAAUCCAACAGAUACUGGAAAAACUACAUCAGGAAAUUCCAACAAUUCUAAUAAUUCACCUGGUGCUGAAACAGAAGUUACGGCUGUAGAGAAGAAGAAAUGUGAUUCUGUGAUUGAUCUGACAAAAGAAGCCCUAUCAAACUGCAGCACAGAAAGUUCAGCAUCCUCCAUCAAGUCACCUACAAACACUGCUUUGAUCUCAAAAGAGACAACCCCAGUGGCACAGAAUGCAGCCCAGGUUCUUGAGUCCUUUGAACACUUGCCACCUCUCCCAGAGCCACCACCACUACUACCUGAACUGGUAGACAAAAUCCGAGACACACUUCCUCCCCAGAAGCCUGAGCUCAAAGUGAAACGGGUGCUGAGACCCAGGGGCAUUGCCCUGACUUGGAACAUCACCAAAAUCAAUCCCAAGUGCGCUCCCGUGGAAAGCUAUCACCUCUUCCUCUGCCAUGAGAACCCGAACAAUAAGUUGAUUUGGAAGAAAAUUGGAGAAAUUAAAGCUUUGCCACUCCCAAUGGCCUGUACUUUAUCUCAAUUUUUAGCUUCCAACAAAUACUAUUUUACUGUCCGAUCAAAAGACAUUUUUGGGCGAUAUGGACCAUUUUGUGACAUAAAAUCUAUCCCUGGGUUUUCUGAAAAUCUUACCUAAAAGUCUUGAGUAAUUAGAUAUUGUACAGCACUGUUUCGUUUUCAUAUUUGAGUUGUUGGUUUACAACGUUCUCUAACACUGUUUGCCAUCUUAAAGGGCCAGUUGAGAUUGUGAACCCUUUGUACAGGGACAGUUCUCUUCCCUAUGUUGUCAGAGGCCUCUCAUUUUCAUGAAUUUCUGAUUUGCGUUCAGUAAGUACUUCCAGCGGCUAUGUUCUACAGCCUACGCUCUGGCGGACCCGGGUCACAGAGCAGUGCUGUGCACAGUACCGCUGCUGACUGGGGGUCUGCUGCGCACUUCCAUCCAGAGCCCUAGUGUGGAAGCCGCCGCCCUUCCCUCUGCCGGCAAUCCGCAGUUGGUGGUGGGUGCAGGUCGGUGAAAAAUCCGCUCUUUAGGAGGCAGGCUCAUCCCAGGGGUGCAUCUCACCAAGAUCUUAUGUAAAUAAGUGUCUUCUCAUUCCGUUCAAAAUCUAAGUGUCUUCUCAUUCCGUUCAAAAUCUAAUUAAUUUGCCCUCUCCCUUAUUUUUCUUUUUUGGUUAUAGUCACUUGGGGAAAGAGUCUGGAGGUUUUCCCUAAAUCUGUUUGUAUAUUUAGAUAUAUAUAAUAAAAUUAAACAUUGUGUGCUAUGUACACAAAGCGUAGAGAAUCUCUUAUAAAAGCAUUAUCCAACCCACUGUUUCUGCUCCAGAAAAUGGAGUUGUCUGCCUUAGGCUUUGGCUUUUAUUGGUUGAUUCUUUGGUGCUACUCUGUUCAUCGCCCGGCUGCCGUGGUUCCUCGGAGGAGCCUUGAAGGACCCCGAGAGGGGAGUGCCGGGCACACCCCUGUCUGAGGGGCACUGAGGUGAAGCUGUGGCUAGCACAGGUCGCCCAAGAAGCUCAACGAGCGGGCGCGCUGGAGAAGCGUGAGUCGGCCCAGUGCGAUGCUGAGAAAACAAACGUAACUGUUAGUGUGAAGAACAGUCUGCCCGCCAGAGGCGUUCUUUCCUGGUACGUGGUGUAUGUUCAGUCCUAGAGGCUCUGAGAUUUCAAAAAUUGAACAAGGAGGGGUUUUCUUUGGCAUUUUACAAAUGUCUUCACAUCUUUGGUCAUAAAUAAAGCUAUUAUUUU